UGGUGUUCAUAAACUAGUGUCAGAAGUUUCUCCAUUGCUUAGACGUCAGUCAAGAAUUAACUAGUAGAAGGAACUAAGGCAUAUUCAUGAAUAAUUUAUGAAGCCUACUGAAGUACUAUACUUUUGAGUUCUGUAGCAGACAGGUAUGGCCAGCGAAGGAACAAAUUAACAUCUGGAUCUUAUCAUACAUUCAUAAAAAAGUAAGAUUUGCUUCAGUGAUCUUAAGUUGUAAGAAUUUCUGUGGUGUAUCACGUGACUACUUGCUGUGACCCGUUAGAUCAGAUGGAAAAGUUGAACUGCCUGAAAGGAAGCGAAACAAAAUAAACGUAGGAUAAACAGGAAUGAUCGUAAACGGUUCAAGUUAGGAGGAGUAGGAACUACGAUCAGUAUAACUAAAUAAUGAUCAAGAAAGCGGAUACCAAUGUGCUUCAUUAUUGACCAAGCUAAGACGGGUACUGAACUUUCUACAGUCUCUGAGCCAUCUUUUCUGAGUAUAGUUAUGCAAUGACAUAUGUUGUAAGUCUAAUGAAGUUAGCUACAUUAUGUUGUCAAUUGGACAAGAAGUAUGGGACAGAUGAAAAAUCGAUUUUUGUUAAUAUUGUAUUUUGUUCUGUCGUCGAUUCUAACUGAAGCUAACUUUGGAGAUUUCCCGUACAUUAGACCCAUACCCUGCGAAAAUCGUAUGACUGGUGAGAUUGGUGUUUGUACGUUCAACUGGUCUUGCAUCAAUGUGGCCCAUGGUGUUCGUAUCGGCAGCUGCCUGGACAGAAUCUUUGUCGGCACCUGCUGCAAAAUCCCGAACGAGAACUCAAGGACAACAACCUCAAAAUUCAGCGGCUCUUCAAGUCAACCCCACUCAGAAUAUACCUCAUCGAAUAAAUUCAGCACAGAGUACAUCUCAUCAAAAAGAUCCGACGCUGAGUACAUUUUAUCAGGAAAGCCCACUACCGAAUACCUCGAUUCUACAAGAAAACCCAGUUUUUUUGAAGAGUUCAGUAGUUCCUCAAGAAAAUCUAGUGACGAAUACAGCAAUUUCUCAAAGAAACCCAGCGGUGGGGAAAAAGAACAGCAAGAAGCGAUCAAUCAAAAUACUCAAGUGGAGCCAUGUAUAUCAAAUUAUAACAUCUUUACAAAUUCGCCUGAAGGCCAAAAAAAUGAAAAACCAGUUUCGAUUAUUGAUUUAAAUCAUUCAAAUGUUACCAUCAACUCAUCUACUCACCAUACUCAAAAAUCAAAUCAUAAUUUAGGAAGUCUUCCUUCAUCUCAAAUUACUGUCAAUUCAUAUAACACAAAGCAUUCUGAUGUAAAAUCAGCGCACACAACUUUCCCUCCUCAUAACAGAAAACCUAUACUACCUAUAGAAAUGUUUCGUAAGAAUCCAACAACUUCAUUUUCGCAGGAUACUAAGAGUUCGAGUUUGAAACAAAACACUUACGGUGAAGAUGACUUAUUUUUCAGUAUAUUGGAGAGUUUUAAAUUGAAAGCAACGACUAAAAUUCCCCCUAAACCUGGAACGAUUCCUGAAGUAGUCUACCAAAGGAGACCUGUUGCGUCCAAUAUGACCCAUAGUGAACAGAAGCCUGCAGCGGUAGAACUUUCGCAAGUUCGGAAGCCUGUAACUGAAGAUACUCUUAAUAAAAAUGAAACUUUAAUAGCUUUAGAAUCUCAUAUUUUAGGAACUCCAGUAAUUUCUGACGAAUUUUAUGAUAAACGGAAGCCGAUAUCUUCAGAACAAUCUCAUGAUUUGCGAAAACCUAUAGUUCCAGAAGUCUCUCAUGAUCUACGAAGGCCCAUACUUCCAAAUACAUCUCACGAUCUACGAAAGCCAGAACUUCCAGAUGUUUCUCAUCAUUUACGAAAACCCGUAUCUUUUGGUGCAUCACAUGAUUUGCGAAAACCCUCAGUCCCAGAGGUUUCGCAUGAUCAGCGCUGGCCCGUGUUAAAUGAAGAAACCCACGAUAGAAGGUUGCCUGUAUUAAAUUUGUUUGCAUGGCCCUACAGUUUUUUUAUGACAGACAACGAGAAACUAAUUCAACCUGAUACCUCAAAUUUAUCUCUUAAUAUUUCUCAAGAUCCAGAUAUCAAAGUAAAUACUAAUGAGAUACCAUCAACAGAUCCUAGUCAUAUAUUUGAUGAUUCAGAAAGUGGUCUGCAAGAUGAAAGUGUUAAUUCUAUUUAUACAUCGAUAACAGCUGAUUCAUCAACGAUAAAAAAUGUUUCAGAUUUAUUCAGUAAUACCAUGGAUAAAGAUUACACAACACCAAAUUUCACAUUAUUCACUGAACCUUCCUAUCAAAAGCCACCAUCAAAAUCUCCUUCAGAAUCAUUCCAAAAUGAACAGUCUAAAGGAUCUCCAACAUCUGUGAAAGACAUUUCAAGGGUUUGUGGAAGAGCCAGAAGUAGUACCAUUGUAGGAAGAAUCGUUGGAGGAAGAAAAUCACACUAUCUGAGAUGGCCUUGGAUGAUCUCGCUUCGUCGAUACGAAGGUCAAGCGUUUAAACAUAAAUGUGGAGCUGCAUUACUCAAUGAAUUAUGGGCAAUCACAGCCGCUCAUUGCGUUGAUGGGAAGCUGCCUAAUGACGUGAUGCUGCGUCUGGGAGAGUACAAUUUAUAUAGGACAGAUGAAUCGUAUCCACACGUGGAACGCCGGAUCUACAUGAUUGUCAUUCAUCCAAAUUUUGAUCCUGUUACUUACGAGAAUGAUUUAGCUCUUUUACGUUUCUAUGAACCUGUACAAUUUCGUGCCAAUAUAGUUCCCGUUUGCUUGCCCAUAUCUGUGGGUAACAUUGCCGGAAGGACGGCUGUUGUGACUGGCUGGGGAAGAUUAUCAGAAGAAGGAGAGUUACCUGGAUCAUUACACGAAGUCCACAUGCCAAUAUUGACAAAUAAAGAAUGUGAAGAUAUGUAUUCAGCAGCUGGAUAUUCAGAAACUAUAAGAGAUGUUUUUGUGUGCGCAGGCGUUCUGAGUGGCGGAUUAGAUGCUUGCGAGGGUGAUUCUGGAGGACCUAUGGUGAUAAGAGGAGAGAAAGGUCAUUGGACGCUGGUAGGGCUGAUAUCCUGGGGCAUGGGAUGUGCGGCUCCCAAACAGCCUGGUGUAUAUACUAGAAUAACAAAAUUCACUGAUUGGAUAAAUGAAAUCAUAGCAUAUUAAAUUUAUAAUUGUAACAUUUUAUCUACAGGAAUAAGACAAAUACAACAUUAGAAAAAAAAUGUGUUAUGCAAAUCAGAAAAUAGAUUCAUCAUGCAUUUCCAGCAUUGUCAUUUCUCUGACCAUAUUAGCUUUAUUUUUAUAUGUUUUUGUCUGCAAGUAUUCGUUUAUAUACAUACAUAUGUUUGAGUCUGAAGUAGACAUCAGUUGUUAUUGUGUUUUAAGUCUCAAGCAGACAACGUUUGUUAUUGUUACAUUAUCUGAAAUGUUACGUUACAUAUGAAAAAUUUGGUAAAGGAAAUCUUUUCUAUAACGACUGCCAUAAGUCUCACUCCUUCCAUUCUUCGAUGAUAAAAAUGUUUAAUUAUUAAAAAUAAAAUUGGUUGUAAAGAAUACUGUCUAUUUGUGUAACCUUAAGGGGGAGGGUCUUGAAGAAUAUGAUUUUUUAAACUUUUUUAUUACUUAUAAAUUUGUUUUUUAAAGAUUUAUUUCAAAUAAUUAGAACGACCUGUAGCCUGCACCGAGCAAAAAAAAAAAAAAAAAAA